AUGACUGGUGCUGAACUGGCCUCAGCGGAGAGAGGCCUGCUGGAUGCGAGGACCCAUCGGGGCUGGCCUUUAGACCUGGAGGAUGGGGACCUGCUGAUCCAGCUCGAGGCCUUCAGGGAGGCCAAGGCCGAGGAUGAGGAGGAGCUGCUGCGGGUCUUCGGGGGCAUCGACAUCAACAGCCACCAGGAGGUCUUCUCUGCGCUCUUCCACAAGGUGAGCUGCUCCCCGGCGUCCGUCCACCUGCUGUCCGUGCUGCAGGGCCUCCUGCACCUGGAGCCCAGCCUCCGCUCCAGCCAGCUGCUCUGGGAGGCCCUGGAGAGCCUGGUGAACCGGGCGGUGCUCCUGGCCUCUGACGGCCAGGAGUGCACCCUGGAGGAGAUGGUUGAACGCCUCCUGUCCAUCAAGGGGCGGCCCCGCCCCUGCUCCCUGGACAAAGCCCACAAGACGCCCCGACGGCAGGCCUGGGGGGCCAGCAGCCAGGCGCGGCCCUCGCCAGCCCGCUCGUCACCAGCGUCCAGGGCGAGCGUGGGCCGGCACCGCAGCCAACAGCCCCGGAGCAGCUACAUCUCCGGGCCCCCUGCCGCGGGCGGCGUGGAGGAGAUAAUCGUGGCCCAGGUGGACAGCAGCCUGGGUUCGGCCUGGGUCCCCCGCCACCGGCGCGUGAACCCUCCCACCCUGCGCAUGAAGAAGCUCAACUGGCAGAAGCUGCCGUCCAGUGUGGCCCGCGAAGGCAGCUCCAUGUGGGCAACGCUGAGCAGCCCCGACGCCGAGGUGGUGGAGCCCGACUUCUCCAGCAUCGAGCGGCUCUUCUCCUUCCCCAUGGCCAAACCCAAGGAGCAGGCGGUGGCCCCGGCCAGGAAGGAGCCCAAGGAGAUCACUUUUCUGGACUCCAAGAAAAGCCUGAACCUCAACAUCUUCCUGAAGCAGUUUAAAUGCUCCAACGAGGAGGUCACCGCCAUGAUCCGGGCGGGGGACAGCACCAAGUUCGACGUGGAGGUCCUCAAGCAGCUCCUCAAGCUCCUUCCGGAGAAGCAUGAGAUUGAGAACCUGCGCUCCUUCGCGGAGGACCGGACCAGGCUUGCCAGUGCCGACCAGUUCUAUCUCCUUCUGCUGGGCAUCCCCUGCUACCAGCUUCGGAUCGAGUGCAUGCUGCUCUGUGAGGGCACAGCCGUCGUGCUGGACAUGGUGCGGCCCAAGGCCCAGCUGCUGCUCGCCGCCUGCGAGAGCCUGCUCACCAGUCACCGGCUGCCCGUCUUCUGCCAGCUGAUUCUGAAAAUCGGGAACUUCCUCAACUAUGGCAGCCACACCGGGGACGCCGACGGCUUCAAGAUGAGCACGCUGCUGAAGCUCACAGAGACCAAGUCCCAGCAGAGCCGGGUCACACUGCUGCACCACGUGCUGGAGGAAGUGGAGGAGAGCCAUCCUGACCUCCUGCAGCUACCCCAGGACCUGGAGCUGCCCGCCCGAGCGGCAGGGAUCAACCUUGAGGGCAUCCACGCGGAGUCCAGCACUAACCUGAAGAAGCUCCUGGAGAUGGAGCAGAAGGUGUCCUCCUCCAUCCCAGAGGUGCAGGAGCAGUACGCCCACCGCCUCCAGGCCAGCAUCACAGACUCGCAGGCGCUGGAGGAGGUGUUCCAGGCGAUCGAGCAGAAGCAGCUGGAGCUGGCUAGUUACCUGUGCGAGGACGCCCAGCAGCUGUCUCUGGAGGACACGCUCAGCACCAUGAAGACCUUCCGAGACCUCUUCCUCCGCGCCCUGAAGGAGAACAAGGACCGGAAGGAGCAGGCGGCCAAGGCUGAGCGGAGGAAGCAGCAGCUGGCGGAGGAGGAGGCCCGCAGGCCGCGGGGCGAGGGCGGGAAGGCUGCCAGGAGGGGAGGCGGGAAGCAGGAAGAGGUGUGUGUCAUCGACGCCCUGCUGGCUGACAUCAGGAAGGGCUUCCAGCUGCGUAAGACGGCCCGCGGCCGAGGGGACGCGGAGGCGGCCAGCCGGGCAGCCGCCACAGACCCCCCGAGGAACAAGGCGCCCGCCGCCACCAGGGGCCCUGUGGGAGGUACCAGCACCCCCACCUCUGAGCCUGGCCGGGACGCUGCAGCUGGCAGGGAGCCCCAGGGCUGGGAUCUCGCUGAUGCUGCUCCCACCAGCCACCAGCCCACUGGAGACUCAUCAGAGACGGGUGGCCCUGGGCCCCUGGAGAGGCGCUCUUCCUGGUACACAGAUGCCAGUGAUUUCCUGCCCACGGAGGACCCCCAGGGCCCCCAGCCCCCUGCAGGGGCCUGGCCAGUGGUACUGGGAGACGCUCAAGCCCUGAAGCCCCUCAACUUCAGUGACCAGCCCCCCAAAGCCAUGGGUCUGAGCCAAGAUGCUGAGGAGCCCAUGGCCCCGCUGGGUGCCUGCCAGGCCGAGGCCGACAGCACAGGUGAGGGCCUGGAGGACGCAGCUGCCCACGGCCGCCGCGCCGGCCUCCCCGCUGCAGGCCCCAAUGAGGAUGAGGAUGGGGAGCUCACAGCCCCAGACUCCGCGCUGGACACCUCCCUGGACAGGUCCUUCUCCGAGGAUGCCGUGACUGACUCAUCGGGGUCUAGCACCCUCCCCAGGGCUCAGGGCCGGACAUCGAAGGGCACGGGCAAACGGAGGAAGAAACGUCCCUCCAGGAACCAGGAAGGGCCUGGACCUCCCCCUGAGGCCGGCCGCUGCCCCUGGGAGUGGGCGAUUCCUCGCACAGCAGCGCCUCUGCAUCGGGAGGGCACCGCCCAGCGGCUGCACCUCUAA